AUCUUUUAGAAACUGUUGCUGGCAUUGAAGAAACACAGAACUACAACAACAGUGGAUUUGGACUUCAGUGAUUGGAUUAAUGCUGCUAGUCCAUUAUGAAGGGAUAUCUCUUUCUCCUAACUUUCAUAGGUGUCGUCCCAGCCACCUCAUCUCUUCUGCGACCUGUUGGUCAUAAGUAUUUUCUGAUCAAGACAAAAGUGACAUGGAGAGUAGCUCAGAAUUACUGCAGAGAAACAUAUGCUGACUUGGCUACAGUUGAAAGUGACCUUGACUGGUUAAGACUAAAAGUUACAUUGGCAAGGGAAGGUCUGACUGGCGUUGCCUGGGUUGGUUUGUACAAUGAUAUUAACAGUUGGCGCUGGUCUAUUAAUGGCGUGUCACUGAUAAAUAAUUAUCAACAUUGGCCCUCGACACAGCCUGAUAACCUUGGUGGCCACCAAUCAUGUUCUCCUAUAGGCCCAUAUGGAUACUGGUGGGAUUAUGAAUGUGAAAGCCUGUUUCCAAUUAUAUGCUACAAUGCAAACAACAGCUAUGCUGGCAGAUAUGUUGGUGCCAAUACUAACUUUAACUGGAAUGGGGCUCUGGCUUACUGCAGAGAGUUUCACACAGAUUUGGCUUUUGCAACAGAUGAUGCAGAUAACAACGCAUUACAGAGCAUAUCAUACCUUCAGGGUACGUCUUGGUUUGGCCUAUACAGAGACACAUGGAAGUGGUCGGACGGAACUAACACAUCAAAUCUACUAUGGCUUUCUGGACAGCCUGAUAAUUAUUAUACAAAUGAAAACUGUGCCAUUCUUGAUCGAGGACUUUUCAGUGACAUAAAAUGUACUGCGCUCAACUAUUUCAUCUGUCAUAUCACUCAUCCAGUGAGGGAAAAACAGAUCUUGAGACUCGAAGUGAAGUCUGGCUUGAGCAUAUUUGAUUCUGAUGUGCAGUUGGCCAUCUUAGAGCUGGUCAGUCAGAAGCUGGAUGAAAAUGGCAUGCUGGAAAACACCACAGUGACCUGGAGAGUGCAGUCAGAUGGACAAAUCUUUAAAAAGAAAAAACAAGACUUCUAGAUGCUAACCAGAGUUUAAGCUCUGUUAAUUAUAGAAAUGCAAUUAAAAAGAAUGAUGUAGAUUUCUUUCAUUACUGAAAUGUUUCUUGAUAAUGUUAUUGCCUACAGUUUAUGUCUUGUUGAUUACUUUUUAUUUAUAGUACUGUAGCUACUUCACAUUCCCCUUGUAUGUAUAAUUGCAUAUUUAAUUUCAGACUGUCAUGUUUUUAAACAUCCUAUAUUUGUUAUAUAUGAGUUAUAUCUAGCAUUUUGUUAAAAGUCUUCCCUGUUCUCAGAAUGAAUAAGAAUUAGGACAAAUAAACAAUGCUACUCAUCA